CUUCUAACAAAACAAUAUUCAACAACAGAACUAUGGCAUUGACUCUAUUGUGUUCAACGCUAUUUCACUUCCUUAACCUCUCACAUAUCUGCUAACCUCAUUGCCGUGGUUACCUCGAUUCUAGGAACAUGGCCAGUCGAAUUACCACCUUGAGCCUCCUCGCGGCCAAUGUUGUCAUACCAGUCGCAAUACUGAUCUUUGCCAGCGGCUUCUUUCCUUACAAGCCAUUCCUCUCCGGUCUAGCCCAAUAUGAAGCUCUUCAGCAAUACGGAGCUUCGCCAGAGGCCCCAUUCAACAAGGUUAUAUUCAUGGUAGUGGAUGCAUUGCGGAGUGAUUUUGUCUAUGGCGAAUCCUCUGGUUUUGGCUUCACGCAAAGCCUGAUCUCGAAUGGCGCAGCUCUCCCCUUCACAGCGCAUGCUACCUCUCCAACAAUCACCAUGCCAAGAAUCAAAGCAAUUACUACGGGCUCUAUACCUUCCUUUCUAGAUGUUAUUCUCAACUUUGCAGAGUCUGAUACGACAUCGACUCUCGCGACACAGGAUACGUGGCUUGCACAAAUGAAAGCAAAAGAUACUGGCAAAUUGGUCAUGUAUGGAGAUGAUACUUGGCUGAAGCUCUUCCCUGAAACUUUCGACAGAGCAGAUGGAACAUCAAGCUUCUUUGUUUCGGAUUUCACAGAGGUAGACAAUAAUGUCACCAGGCAUAUCCCAGAUGAGUUGAAAAAUGAUGAUUGGAAUACUAUGGUUUUGCAUUACUUGGGCCUGGAUCAUAUUGGUCAUAAGACUGGUCCACGAGGACCAAAUAUGAUACCCAAGCAGCAUGAGAUGGAUGGAAUUGUCAGCCAAUUAUACGAUGCUAUGACGACCAAGGAACAUCUUCAGUCGACAUUGUUGGUCCUUCUUGGAGAUCACGGCAUGAAUGAUGCAGGUAAUCAUGGUGGAUCUGCUCCUGGAGAGACCUCACCUGCUCUUGUCUUCAUAUCACCAAAACUCAAAUCUGUUGGCAGAGGCCUUGAGUCUCCUGCUCCUUUCAAAGAGGAUUUCCAAUAUUAUUAUACUGUUGAACAAUCAGAUAUAGCUCCUACUUUAGGAGCUCUACUCGGAUUCCCAAUUCCCAGGAACAACCUGGGAGCAUUUAUUCCACAUUUCCUUCCGUUCUGGUCAAGCAAAAGUGAUAAGAUACAAAUCUUACUUCGCAAUGCCAAGCAAAUUCUCAGCGUGGUCACUGCUACAUUCUCCUCAUUCGAGAUGACUGGCCCUUCUUCCAAAUGUGAUAAUCUCUCUGACAGCGUCGAAGAGCUUGCAUGUCAAUGGAGAGGCAUAAUUCAGAGUUUACCAGGACCUGAUAAUGAAUUUUUGAACACCGAGAACUGGCUAUACUCUGUCGGCAAGUGGCUUACAAAGGCACAAGAAUUGAUGAGCAGUACUGCAAGCAAUUAUGACAUGCCUAAGCUAGUCACAGGUCAAUCUGCUGCAACUGCAGCACUUUCACUUGCCGCUCUUGCUGCUGGCCCGACAGUUGCCAAUGCCGUACGGGAAACCUCUCCGAUUAUAGGUAUAUCUCUGCUAUAUGGCAUCAUGAUGUUCGCCAGUAGCUAUGUUGAGGAAGAACAGCACUUUUGGUACUGGGCUACAACUGCAUGGCUCAUGCUACUAUGGCUGAAAUGCAAUCGAAAGAAGGAGUUGAUUAAUGCCCGGCUGCUUGCCAUCAGCUCGAUUGCCAUUCUCAUCGCGAUGAGACUUGCUCGCAGAUGGAAUCAAACAGGGCAGAAGUUCGCUGGGGAGCCAGAUAUUGCUCGAACAUUCUUUUCUGAACAUCGUCUGGUGAUGUGGUCGCUUGUAGGACUUACAUAUCUCUGGAAUCUCCAGUGUCUUGCAGCCAGAGCAUUUCCACGCUUUCCCCAAAUCGCUGCAGGCGCGAUUGCUACGAGCUUAGCUACUGCAGCUCUUACUUUCAAGCUAGCCUUCACAAAUGAGGACUCUCCUGAGCUUAUGGCUGGCAUUGCGAAGUCAAUGGCUGAUAGCGAAUAUGGUGUCUCGUUGGUGGCACGAGCAAGGAUAGCUUUCUAUGCCAUUGGUAUUGGAUUGCUCUACACUGUAAUCUCAGGAUUUGGGCCCACCAAGAAACCAAACACCACGAUGCGGACCAUACACGAUCUGCUCACCCUCUUUCUUAUUACCCAAUCAAGAGCAACCAAUAUUCCACUAUUACUUAUAUUCGAGAUUCAAUUCUAUCUCCUUAACAGCAUGGACCUGAACCUAAUCGAAACAACCACGACCUCCCUCCUCCUUCAGUACAUGUCCUUUUUCGCCUUCGGAGGCUCCAACGCCAUCUCCUCUAUCGACCUCUCCAGCGCCUACAAUGGAGUAAGCGGCUACAAUGUCCUCGCAGUCGGCAUCCUGACUUUCGUCAGCAACUGGACAGGCCCAAUAUACUGGACAUCAGCUACGAAUCUCAUGCUUCUUCGACUAAGUAAAUCGGGACAGAAGAACCUUUUAAGUCAGCAUUUGUCAUUACUCACAGUCUUCGUAACGAGCAGCUUGGUUUUCGUGAUGGCUGCUUGUACUCUACUACGAACGCAUCUCUUCAUUUGGACAGUGUUUUCUCCAAAAUAUUUGUAUAGCAUGGCGUGGAGCUUGGGACAGCAUCUGGUGAUAAAUAUGGGGUUUGGAAGCUUGCUCUACUGGCUAGGCAAGCAGUAUGCAUAGACCGAGGGCAAAGGUUUGGGAAAGGAUGACAUAUUUAGUUGACGGAUCAGCAAAAGGACACUGGAACUUAGAUAGGUUCUCUUAAAUUAUGCUAUCGAAUAGAUCAUC